AUGCAACGUGAUGAGGUCAAGAUGUCGCGCUCGCUUCCUGGUGGCUGGCUGGAGAGCGGCCACGGAACUGUGGCGGUUUAUGUCAAGGAUUUUCGGGACCCGCUUGAGCGCCGUAAGAAGCUGGUGCUACAUCCAUGGGCCAGCAUAAAGGACAUCAAAAACCAGUUGCAGGUUGUGUUUAAUGUACCAUCGAAUGCGCAAAAGCUUUUCUAUCAGGGGCGAGAGCUCAAGAAUGCGCACAAUUUGCAGCAAUGUGGUAUAUACCAUGAUAAUGCUGUUGUGGACUUUGUAGCAAGAAGGCCGCAGAACGUUGCAAUGAUGUACACGCAAAAAUGCGAUGAGGGGCGUGGGUUCGAUGUGAGCAAUCGCAGAAACAACGGCGAAGGUUGCGGUGCGAAAAGGGCAGCAGAAUACCAAGUGGAUAACAAUGCUAUGCCUAAUCUGAGACCAGAACAGAUGCCUGUCGUGAAUAUUCACCCGUAUGGUGUACAUUUGUUGCCAGUAGUGCUUAUGAAAAUUAUGCACCAGGCGUUACAAGGUCUUGCAUUGGGUCUAGCGCCGGUAUUAGCAAUGGAUGGUACCGGAGGUACUUAUUUUCUCAAGGAUCCAUCUCACCGCAAUGUGGGCUGCUUCAAGCCCCAAGAUGAAGAGCCCUUUGGGCCUAAUAAUCCACGUGGGUUGGUGGGUCAGUUGGGUCAGAGCGGCCUUCGUCGAGGAAUUCUUUCUGGGGAAGCCUGCGAACGUGAGCUUGCCGCGUAUAUACUAGACAAGGAUCACUUUGCGGGAGUCCCCGCUACAUCCCUUGUGGAAUCGCGACAUCCUGUUUUUAAUUAUACGGGCAGUGCGGGCGCCUUGCAUUUUAAAAUGGGAUCGCUGCAGGAAUUCGUACGUCACGAUGACGUUGUGAGCGAUUUAGCACCAAACCAAUUUUCGAUUCACCAAGUUCACAAGAUUGCGCUUCUAGACAUGCGGCUUUUGAACACAGAUCGUAACGACGCAAACGUCCUUGUGCGCAAGCGGCGGUCAUCGAUCGCAAGCCACGUUGAGUAUGAAUUGAUACCAAUUGACCACGGUUAUUGCCUACCACAGUUUCUGGAGAUAGGCUGGUGUGAUUGGUGCUGGUACAACUGGCCACAGCUGCAAAAGCCAUUAAGUAUAGAGGACCGGGCAUAUGUAUUAUCUUUGUCCGCUCAGGAGGACGCAGAUCGAUUGGCGAAAAGAAUUCCGUUGCGACGCGCUUGUCGGCGAAAUAUGAUCAUUGCUGGUAUGGUGGUGCAACAAGGCGUGCGUGCAGACUUAACCUUGUAUGAAAUUGCUCGGACCAUGUGCCGUGAAGACCUUGACGCCCCUUCUACAUUGGAGCAGUUGUGCACCAAGGCGUUUUGCCAGCUGCAUGUUAUCAAGCAGCGCAAGGAAAAUAAAAAGCUAGCUUUCCACGGCCACAUGCAAUCAGUCAUCGAAUCGGUACUUAAGACGAGUGGCUCAGCAGCAGAAGGAAGGCGCGGAAGCGGUCCAAUAGAUAUAUCGCCUUCUCCCCGGGCAGCAUUCCGUAAUUUGCGGGUGUCGAUCGAUUCUUCGUCUCUCCAAGAACCAUCAUUUAGGGGCUCACCUGUCGCGGAUGGCGCGCAAUCUCCACCUGGGUUUUGGGCGAGUUAUGCUCCUUUCAGCUUGGUUGAAGGUGACGAAAAAAGUUCUAGUGGAAGCUCGCAACAUUCUGCGCUCAAUGGUGAACUUCUGCAUCAUGAAGCCAGCAGAAGCGACGAACCGCGGCUUUUGCAUUUAUGGGACAAGAUGGCAUCGCAUGCCCUUUCGAAUGCCGUCCAGUACGCGAAGGUUGAGCAUACCGGAUCGAGUGCUAUGCUUGAAGGUGCCACGAUGAUAAAUGGUCACAAGGGUUCAAUCACUGGCGAUUAUGCUCGUUCUUUGACAUGUUCCUUCAUCGAUGCCGAAGACGACAAAGAUGAAUUUGAGGUCCUCAACAAUGAGCUCGAUCAUAACGUGCAAGAUGAAAACCUCUUUCUCACUAUCCUCAGCCGAUUAAUUGACGAUCAGAUCGAGGAAGUCAAAUGGCGGCGAUCAAAAGAAUGCAGUUAA